CUUCGUCUUUGCCUAAGAAAAAAACAUUUCGAUUCGUCUUCCGCGGCAGAAAAGCUCGAAAACUCCCGCACGAAAUCCUCCCCAAAUCCUCAAACCACACCGGCCUCCCCAUACCCAACCGCCCGCCUCGACCAUGUCGCUGCUCGACGACGUCGACGACGAGGCCUUCCUCCUCGCCGCCGAGGCAGCGGAGGCCGCGGCGAACGCGUCCUCCAAGCGCCCCCGCCUCUCCACCUCCCCGUCGCCGACCCCCGCCGCCUCCGAGGGGUCCUACCUGUCCGCGCUCAAGGGCAGCCACAGCGCCGCCUGGAAGCAGCAGCAGGAAACCCUAACCCUCGCCCACAAGCUGCCCGGCGGCUCCAAGGUCCCAGGCGUCUCCCCUGGUGGCGGCGCACAGAUCACCAAGGGCGCGUGCUUCAAGUGCGGGGACACCAGUCACUGGGCGAGAGAGUGCCCCCAAUCCUUGCAGGCAAGUGUCGGCGGCGGGAUCGGGGGCGGUGUAGGAGGCGGAAUCGGCGGCGGCGGCGGCGGCUAUGUGGAUGCGGGCGGGGAGGUGGAGGAGAAGGCGUGCCCCUGCGGCGCUGGGAUCUGCCUUGUGCUCACCUCCAGCACGCCCAGAAACCCCGGCCGCAAGUUCUACAGGUGUCCCACGCGGGACAAUGGAGGUUGCAACUUCUUUGAGUGGUGUGAUGCUCCAUCUCCAGGCGCUGCUAAUGCUCGCAGCAGCACAAGCUUUCAGUCAGAUGCAUCAAUUGUGAAUAUGCCUUGUUCCUGUGGUGCUGGAACAUGCUUAAUUCUCACGACAAAGGCGGGAGUUAAUGUUGGGAGGCAGUUUUAUCGGUGCCCAGCUCAGGGAGGUAGCUCUUGUGGCUUUUUCAAAUGGUGUGACGAUCAGCAGCAGCCUAGGACAGCUGCUCCACUGCAAGGUGGUUCAUCACAAUACCAAGCUGGUGCUACCCCCACCAACCAAAACAUGAGCAAGAGCUCUUCAGGCUGCUUCAAAUGUGGGCAAGAGAACCACUGGGCGAAGGACUGCCCGAAUCAAGCUUCGGUUCCUUACUCUGACAAAGGCGGGAGGGCAUUAAGUUCAGCAACCUCAUCUGAUGGGUGUUUCAAGUGUGGUAAGGCUGGUCACUGGUCCCGUGAUUGCCCUGUUGCAAACAGUGGUGGUGGUGGUGGUGGUGCCGUCGCCAGCAAUGUCAAGUCGUCUUCUACUUUGGGCUCAUGGAACAGCAGGAGAUACUGAUAGCAGGUGCCCCUGUGAACUCAAUUGAACUGACGCGGACAUGCUGUACGAAACUUGGACAAAUGACCUUUGCCACUUGUUGCUUAGGUACGCUCUCUCGCCGACGCCACUUGCAGACCUGCCACUAUUUAGUUCCAGCAAACGGGAUUUACUUUUGAUAUCUUGCGUCUAUCCUGGUUGCUGUGUGACUGUCGAACCUGUACUAUCUGCUUUAGGCAUUUCCACUUUUGUGAACAAGAAAAAGCCAUUAUGCUAUGUUCACCAGCAUGCCUUGCACUUGCAGUUCAAUAUCAGCUCCAUGUUCAUGUUAUC